GCUAGUCGCUGACAGGGGAGAUCCCGCAGUUCUGCAGAGCCUGCACAAUGCAGUGGAGAGUAUCCCUGGCUACGUGCAGAUGUCCACGUUCUUCUUUAUUCUUGCCCCACCCGUGCAGCACAUGGAGACCGGCUGCCUUCUUAGCUAUUCGUCGUGGAAGGCCCGUGGCUGGUGCCGCCUCGAGCGUGCUGCGCACUGCCUGGCUUUGGAGUCGAUGUCGGCGCCGGUGGUGGUGGAGGGGCCGGAGCUGCAAUAUGCGACACACCACGUGGAGACGCUGCUGCAGCCUGUGGGAGCCGGGGAGUUCCGCUCAGAAUAUGACAAGGAGAAGGCCGCCUCUCUCCUAAGAGCUAUGGUGACAAGGAAGAUGGUCUUCUACCAGGACCAUGGAGACCUCCAGAGGUAUAGAGUGAUGCUGAACACUCGGCAUCUCUACUUGCAGAAUCUCCCGCUGGAAAACGACAGGUUCAACUCGGGCUCUCCCUCUGGUUUUCUUUCCGGCAAAGUUUCUGGCCGUGCAGAUCCCUCUUCCUUCAUGCGAUGGAACGAGUUCGACGCUCUGGAACCUUGUGCAAACACUUGGCCUCCGCUGAUUGCUGCCGCCUUGUCAGGUGGAGCCUCGCUCGUGGCAGAACUUUUGAAUGCAGAGGCUGACGUGAACUAUCAGGUACCGGAGUCGGAGCCAAUCCUGAACGUCGCCGCCGGAAUGUCUGCGCUGCAUAUAUGCAGCAUGCUGGGCAACAACAGGGCAUUGAAGGCUUUGAUUGAUGGCCAGGCAGAUCUCAGCAUUUCAGAUUCCCAUGGAAAGACAGCGCUGGACAGGGCCCAUGAGAUGAAGAACCACGACGCUGUGGUGCACUUGCUUUGCACAGGAGAUGGUGAGAUCCCUGGGCAUGCCGACACCUUGGCUACCUGCUGCGCGGCAUGCCGAAGCAUUAGUAUUCACAGGUUAAAUUGGUUAAACUUCAGGCUGCAAAACAUCUUCGAUCAUCUUAUUAUACAUCAGGGGCUGACACUUUUUUGUACCUGA